CCUUUCCGCUCCGCAUGGUGGCCUCCACGUCCGCGUGCUCGCUGCCUCGCUCCACGUAGAGGAUAAUUCACGGCUGAGAGCCGCUCGCGACGUGGGCAACGUCGCGGCCACCGCGCUCAGCUCGUCAUGGGUUGGCUUGCGUGGAGCACGGCCUAUAAAUUGUGCCCACUCACUCGGAACAAUACAUCAGUAAACAGGAUUUCCAGUAAAACACUCGGCGACACAGCAACCAGCAGCACUGUACUAGUAAUCAUCUUUGCCUGUUGCAGCAACUGUACCUUCCUUCUAUCCUUUCGUGCACCUUCCGGCUGAUUAAUGGCGACCAUGAUGGCCAUGAGCUCCUUCGCCGGUGCUGCCGUCCUGCCGCGCGGCUCGGCUGGCCGCUUCGGCGCCAGGUCUCUGCCAGCACUAGGCCGACGCGCCCUCGUCAUCAGGGCACAGACCGAGGGCCCGAGCGCACCACCGCCAAACAAACCCAAGGCGAGCACCUCGAUCUGGGACGCGCUCGCGUUCGCCGGCCCCGCUCCUGAGCGCAUCAACGGGCGUCUGGCCAUGGUGGGCUUCGUGACUGCACUCGCCGUGGAGGCAGGCCGCGGCGACGGGCUCCUCUCGCAGCUCGGCAGCGGCACCGGACAGGCGUGGUUCGCCUACUCCGUGGCGGUGCUGUCCGUGGCGUCUCUGGUGCCGCUGCUCCAGGGCGAGAGCGCCGAGGGCAGAGCCGGCACCAUCAUGAAUGCAAACGCAGAGCUCUGGAACGGCCGCUUCGCCAUGCUCGGCCUCGUCGCGCUCGCCGCCACCGAGAUCAUCACCGGCGCUCCCUUCAUCAACGUCUAAAACUAGCUUUGUUGCCGAUCGAAUAACACAGCCUGUAGCUGGUAGGACAUGUAAAUGAUGAGAACUGAUCAUCUUUCAUAUUCUUUGUAGUGCUUAUACUAAUUAAAGACAGUUUAUACUAUCGGAGCUGCUUCGUUCCUCGUUCGAAACUUUUUGUA